CACUAACGCAGAAGCCUGAAUAUCCCUUAGGUUUUGUUAGUAGAACAGUACUCUGUGAGACUCUAGAACUGUCCUCAUUCUGUAAAUGUUUAUUCGGAAUGUUACUGAUGCCCCCAAUUUUAAAAAUUACUUGCACUUCAAUAAAACAUCUAAAUGCGAUCUGUACAUUGCUGAGGCCUGCCUAAUAUGCCCAGAGCUGUUGCAAUAUUACAUAAGCACAAUUAUUAAGCAUUAAGGAUAGUAUCUUUCUUUCUAUAGAGUUGCCUGUGACGUAGGAUAUACAAACAGAUAUAUCCAUGUCCACUGAUAACUUCAUUCCACCUGAUGGUUUUAGGUUCAGGAAUCUUCAGUGAUGACAAGCUCCUCUCAGCGCAUCCAAAUUAUCUCUGCAGACUCUGCCGUGUCAUCCCCACAGCGCAUCCAGAUUGUAACAGAUCAGCAGACAGGUCAAAAGAUCCAGAUUGUGACAGCUGUAGAUUCUUCAAUAUCUCCCAAACAGCAAUUUAUACUGACCAGUCCCGAUGGAUCUGGAACAGGGAAGGUGAUACUGGCAACUCCUGAAUCCACGAGUACAAAGCAAGUUAUCUUCACUGCUGAAAACAUUGUCCCUGGAAGAAUACAGAUAGUAACAGAUGCAGCUUCUGUUGAGCGACUCCUUGGAAAGGGGGAUGUGCAGCGCCCUCAGAUCAUAGAAUACUGUGUUGUUUGUGGCGACAAGGCAUCUGGUCGCCACUAUGGUGCAGUUAGCUGUGAGGGGUGCAAGGGUUUCUUCAAAAGAAGUGUUAGGAAGAGCUUGACGUACAGUUGCCGGAGCAGUCAAGACUGCGUCAUCAAUAAGCACCACCGCAAUCGAUGUCAGUUCUGUCGGCUUAAAAAAUGCCUGGAAAUGGGCAUGAAAAUGGAAUCUGUUCAGAGUGAGAGAAAACCUUUUGAUAUCCAGAGGGAAAAGGCAUCGAACUGUGCAGCGUCAACAGAAAAAAUCUACAUCAGAAAGGACCUAAGAAGUCCGCUCAUAGCAACUCCAACAUUUGUCUCUGAUAAAGAUGGUGCAAGGCAAACAGGACUUUUGGACCCUGGGGUGCUAGUGAAUAUUCAGCAACCACUUAUAAGAGAAGAUGGCACUGUGAUUUUGUCUUCAGAUGCAAAGCAGACAGAAGCAAGUCAGGGCGGACUUGGAACACUGGCAAAUGUUGUGACAUCACUAGCAAACCUGACAGAGUCUCUGAAUAAUGGGGACACAGCUGAUGUCCAUCCAGAGGACCAAUAUUCAAGUGAAAUAACUCGAGCAUUUGAUACCUUAGCAAAAGCACUUAAUACAACAGAGGGCUCUCCUGUACAUAACCUGGCAGAUGGAAUAGAUGCUUCCACUGGAGGGAACAUUCACAUAAUUAGCCGGGAUCAGGCAACUCCUAUACUGGAAGUUGAAGGACCCCUUCUUUCAGACACACAUGUGACAUUUAAGCUUACAAUGCCAAGUCCAAUGCCAGAGUAUCUGAAUGUGCACUAUAUCUGUGAGUCGGCAUCCCGCUUGCUUUUCCUCUCCAUGCAUUGGGCCAGAUCCAUUCCUGCUUUCCAAGCUCUGGGGCAGGAUUGUAACACAAACCUUGUGCGUGCCUGUUGGAAUGAGCUUUUUACCCUGGGUCUUGCACAGUGUUCUCAAGUGAUGAGUCUUUCCACUAUCCUUGCAGCCAUUGUCAACCAUCUACAAAACAGCAUACAAGAAGACAAGCUUUCUGGAGACAGAAUAAAGCAAGUCAUGGAGCAUAUCUGGAAGCUCCAGGAGUUCUGUAACAGUAUGACCAAGUUGGGUAUUGAUGGAUAUGAAUAUGCCUACCUUAAAGCAGUAGUCCUUUUCAGCCCAGAUCACCCGGGUCUUUCCAGCACGGCACAAAUAGAGAAAUUCCAGGAAAAAGCCCAGAUGGAGCUGCAGGACUAUGUUCAGAAAACCUAUCCUGAUGAUACAUAUAGGCUAGCCCGGAUUUUAGUUCGACUUCCAGCUCUCAGACUCAUGAGCUCCAACAUCACUGAAGAACUUUUUUUUACUGGCCUUAUCGGCAACGUUCCUAUUGACAGUAUCAUCCCUUACAUCCUCAAGAUGGAGACAGCGGAGUAUAAUGGGCAGAUCACGGGGGCCGGUGUAUAGCCAGAUAUGGGGCUCACAUUAAUCAAGAACUCUUCAGUGCACCACUCUUUGGUGUGAGGAAGCGCAGUAGCAUUUGGGGAACAGGUGCAUAGGCCCCAUUCAGGUGUAUAUGCUGACCCAUUUUAUACCCCUUUCAUUGAAGGUUUCCCCCAGACUUGCCUCACCCUCCUGGAAAGCAUCUUAAUGCUGACGGCCAUAACAAUAUUACCAGGUAGGAGUGGUUCAACUUUUCUGUUACAUUUUAUAAUGACCCUGCAGGCUACUCAACAUACUAACAAUCUUUUUCUAGCUUAUUAUACCAAUAAUAGGUGUCAAAAGAACAAAGCCAAUAGAGGUGUUGCUAUACACUUGGGUUGGAAACCAUAAGGCUGUUAGAGACAUUACCAGCCACGAGCCAGUCAGACUAGUUCUGAAUCAGCCAGCGGAACACAGGAACACACAUUGACUGGCUGGCAUUGGGUUAUAUGAUUUUUAUUUAAUGUACCAAUGGACUGUGGUGCUUAUGGCGUUCCCCUAUGGCUACUACUUAAUAAGUAUAGAAAAAACUUUCAACAGCUAAAAAGUGACAACUUCUCUCCCCCGAAACAUUUCAUUCAGCUUCCAGUCUUCUGGUAAUACUGCGGUUCUGUGUGUUAUUAGUUAUGAAGUUUUAUUCCAUUCCUUGUUAUUUCUAAUGUGGUUUUGCAUCUUUUUACUGAAAAUAUUCCAUUCAUUAUACCGGCAUUAGCAUUCUCA